AGACGCGUUUGGUUGGCUGUUAAUAUAUUGAAACUGAAGGAAAAGACCAAAGCCCAUCCCAUAUAAGCUUCCGUCCAGCUAUAUAUAGUUCGUAAGCUUUGCCAUCUUCUUCAGGCUUCAAAUCAGAACACAAACCGAAUCCUCCUCGAAUUGCUCUCCACCUCUCGAAGAGAUUUUUAACUCUCUCGCCAAGACAAACAAACCUUCUAAAAGAUCCAAAAGGGAACCCAAAGGAGAGGUUUCCGAGAAUUUCCAAUCUCCAUAACUAUGGCUCUGAUCUCAAGCUGCAAGUUGUUGCCAUUGGCCCUCUUCCUCUCCUCUCUCUUCCUCCAUGCAGCCCUAGCUGAGAUCAUAUGCGAGAACCUGCCGAAGGAUCUGUGCGCAUUCUCGGUUGCAUCGUCAGGGAAGCGGUGCCUGCUUGAGACGUACCAGUCGGGAGGAGGUGCUGUGGAGUACCAAUGCAGGACGUCGGAAGUUGUGGUGGAGAGGAUGGCUGGAUAUAUAGAGAGCGACGAGUGCGUGAAGGCUUGCGGGGUCGAUAGGAACUCAGUGGGGAUCUCGUCGGACACCCUUCUCGAGCCUCAGUUCACCGCCAGGCUCUGCUCCCGUGAAUGCUAUAGGAGCUGCCCCAACAUCGUUGACCUUUACUUCAAUUUGGCUGCCGGUGAAGGAGUUUUUUUGCCGGAUCUUUGUGAAGCACAGCGCACAAACCCUCACAGAGCAAUGCUCGAGCUGCUCAGCUCCGGUGCGGCACCAGGUGCAGUGUCCUCUGCACCCUCAACAUCAGCAUCCGUGGAUGCUGCUGCUCCUUCACCCGCUCCCAUGUAAAAUUAUAUAAGUAUAAUCCAGUUUGAUGGAAUAUAUGGUUUAAUGGGUUGCAACUAGUUCCCCUUUCUCGACAAUGCCGCGCGCGUGUGGAUAUUCUAUUAGAUGAGGAUUAAUUUUUUACGAUUUAUAUUUAUAUUUGAGACAUUAUUUGAGAGGAAUAAGUACUAUCAAUUUAUGUUGAAUGGACUUGCUGGAUUUUGCUAGUUA